UUAUUAUUUUCGAACAUUUCGAAGUGCUGCUCGAGUGGUUGAUCCAGUCUGAGCUAGCGAUCGCGGCUCGCUACGCAAUAUGGCGGGGCGCGAUGACUUCGGACACUCUGAUUCUGGGUACGGGGGCGGUGGAGGCAGGAGAGGCGGCGGAGGUGGCGGCGGACGUAAGCCCUUGCCGGACGAACCACCUUACACAGCCUAUGUCGGAAACUUACCGCACGGCAUUGUCCAAGGCGAUGUCCAUAAAAUAUUCAAUGAUCUUGCGAUAAAAAGCGUACGACUCGUCAAGGACAAGGAAACGGACAGAUUUAAAGGCUUCUGCUAUGUCGAAUUUGAAGACAGAUCAGGCUUGGAGGGUGCUUUGCAGUUGGACGGUUUAGUGGAAAUCGAAGAGAAGCUGAUCAGAGUUGACGUGGCUGACGGAAAGCGCUCUGACCGGCCAGGCGGAUUCAGGGGAGGCCGCGGCGGCCCAGGUGGAGCCAGAGGCGGUCCACCUUUCCGUGGUGACGGCAGCCGUGGAGGCCCUCCUCGCGGGGGUGGUAAUUUUGAUGACUUUGGAUAUGACCGACGAGGAGGACGAUCAUCCCAAGGCUCGUUCGGGGAGCAAAGAGGAGGAAACCGUGGCUCUUACUUCCAGCAGGACCAACGAUCAGGAGGAGGAGAUUGGGGAAGCCGUAGCGGCGGCAUGGGCGGCGGGGGCGGAAUGGGCGGUGGAAUGGGUGGCGGCGGCGGCGGAAUAGGAGGCGGCGGAAUGGGUGGUGGAAUGGGAGGCGGCGGUGGCCCUGGUGGUUUUGGAGGCCGCGAACGUGACAGACCUAGAGGCGACCCCGCGGCACGACCGAGGCCAGAUAUAGUACCUGUUUCAUCCUCGUCUGAUCGCCCGCGCUUGCAGCUAGACAAGCGGACGGUGAAAGAUCCGGUGAACCAGUUGGCACAGACGAGCCAGUCGCUCUCGAUUUUCGGCGGCGCCAAACCACGCGAGGAGCGUCCAGAGGACGUCAACGUUGCUGGCCUCAAACUCGAUGACCCUCCCCAAGAGUGAAUGAGAGAAUUUUGCUGCUGCUGAAUCUAAGAGUGUGUCCGCCAAAAAUGAUUAAAAAAAAACACAUCAAUCUUACGAAUGAGAGCGAAAGAAGAACUAAUAAAAAUGCGCGUAAUUAUUAUUUCAACUACACGAUGGCUUGUUUUUGUAAUCUAAUAAACUUGUUCCAACUCUGCGCAUGGUUCUGAAAGAAAAAAAUCAUUUCAUCAGUCAAUUUGUUUGGAGCAGACAAAUGAAUUUUAUUAUUUGUUUGUGGCCUCCAAAGUCCAUUAUUAAUGUUUAUAUUUGUUUUUAUAAACACUCCGAUUUCAUAAAUAAAAUAAAGAGCUCGAAAAAUAAAAAUUAUA